AUGUUGCUCUCGAGGAAAGCUGCAUGCAACGCCCAUGGCCAGGAUUCCUCCUACUUCCUGGGAUGGGAGGAGUACGAGAAGAACCCUUAUGACCCCGACACGAACCCCACCGGCAUCAUCCAAAUGGGUCUCGCAGAGAACCAGCUCUCUUUCGAUCUCAUCGAGUCGUGGCUGGAGCGCCACCCCGACGCCGCCGGCCUCAGGCGAGACGGCGCUCUCGUGUUCCGCGAGCUCGCUCUUUUCCAGGACUAUCACGGCCUUCCACAAUUCAAGAAGGCGUUGGCGGAUUUCAUGGGCCAGUUGAGAGGAAACAAGGUGGAGCUGGAGUGGCGCAACCUCGUCCUCACCGCCGGCUCCACCUCCGCCAACGAGACACUAAUCUUUUGCCUCGCUGAGCCAGGCGAAGCAUUCCUCCUCCCUACUCCUUACUACCCCGGGUUUGACCGGGAUCUGAAAUGGCGGACCGGCGCCGACAUCGUCCCGAUCCGUUGCUCCAGCUCCAAUGGCUUCCGCAUCACCAAGCGCGCGGUGGAGAAGGCCUACCGACAAGCUCGCAAGCAGAGUCUGCGCGUGAAGGGAGUGCUGGUCACCAACCCUUCCAACCCACUCGGCACCUCGCUCACCGGCGGCGAGAUCCGGACGCUGCUCGACUUCGCGCUGGCUAAGGACGUCCACCUCAUCAGCGACGAGAUCUACGCCGGCACCGCGUUCGCCGGAUCGGGCGGCGGCUACGUCAGCGUCCUCGAGGUCAUGCAGGGGCAUCCCCUGCAUUCCGACCUCGCCGGCCGCGUCCACGUAGUCUACAGCCUGUCGAAGGACCUCGGCCUGCCGGGGUUCCGCGUCGGCGCGCUCUACUCCGGCAACGCGGCGGUGGUGGCCGCCGCCACCAAGAUGUCCAGCUUCGGCCUCGUCUCCUCGCAGACGCAGUAUCUCCUGGCGGCUCUGCUCUCCGACCGGGACUUCACCGCGCGCUACGUGGCGGAGAACAAGAGGAGGAUCGCGGAGCGGCACGGCCGGCUCGUGGAGGGGCUCCGCCGCGCCGGCGUGGAGUGCCUGGAGAGCGACGCGGGCCUCUUCUGCUGGGUGGACAUGCGGCCCCUGCUGCUCGCCGACACCUUCGAGGCGGAGAUGGAGCUGUGGCGGAAGGUGGUGUACGAGGUGGGGCUCAACAUCUCGCCGGGCUCCUCGUGCCACUGCGGCGAGCCCGGCUGGUUCCGCCUCUGCUUCGCCAACAUGACCGCCGACACCCUCGACGUCGCUCUGCGCCGCCUGCAGGACUUCGUCGCCUCCUCCGGCCGAGGCGGCGGCCGCCACCCCGCGACCGACGGGCGACCGAGGGGGCCAAUUCGCCUCGCAAGGUGGAUGAUGAUGGGGCUAUCGUCGUCAUGCGAGAGAGGAUAUUAAUUAAUUAAUUAAUUAGGAAUGAAAUUAUUAGGUAGAUAGAUAGAUAGAUGGAUGGAUAUAU